AUGAACUCGUUCCGAGACAAAUUCCAUCGCUUGGACCGCGACCGUGAUAGGGACCGCGAUAGGGACCGUGAUCGGGAACGGAGUCGCGACCGUGACCGAGAUAGAGAUCACGACUGGGACAGAGACAGGGACAGGGACAGAGAUAAUGACAGACGCCGUGAUCGAUUCGACACGAGACCACAUUUUAUUCGCAAAGAUUCAGGGUUUUCCGAUCGUGAUAACAGGGGCAAGGACGAUCGUCCUCUACCAUCCCGUCGUCAAGAUGGUGGUAUUCGAGUAUCUACUUCUUCCCUCGCCGGACAUCAGAGUGCAGCGUCGAGUCCAAAAGACCAAACGGUCCCAGAAAAAGGCCAUUCAGUAGUCACCUCCUCGCCGAUUACAAAACAACCUUCCAAGCUGAACUCACCCCAGCCCAAGGAUAAAGAGAGCACUCAAAUUCUCAACUUAAUAUCCGAGCGAACAGCAGCCUACAAGGAGUUCCAAGAUGCUCAUGCUCGGGAGAAAAAGUGCCGUGAAUCAAUCGAAACUGUGGCUCGCUCAGAGUUCUCAUCCGAAUUCAACUUGUUAAAGCAGUCGUUCAAUCAAUCUAAGGAGGCCAGGUCGAAAGCUCAACGCAAAGUCGAGGAUUAUGACCAGAAUUUCCCUGCCCUCCUUAUGACUAUAAUUAGUAGGUCCCAGAAAACUACUCCUACACCUACUUCUGCCGCUCCGCCCGCAUCUACAUCGGCGUCAACGUCGGCGUCUACGACUACAACUACGUCUACACCUACGCCAACGACGACAAACAUAACUCAACUUGAAAAUCGGCUCAAUUUAUUACCAAAGUCGAUAGAGUUUUCUAUAACGAAGAAGAUGGACGACAAGAUUGAUGCCUUCACAAAAAAAAUGGAUGAAAAGAUCGACGCGAUAAACUUGGAAAAGUCAACGCUCGCCCGUCGCUUAGACGAGGAGACUUCCAAGAAUAAAGCGCUAGAGGAGAAGCUCCGCAAUGUCUCAGAACAGCUGGAUCAAUCCAAUAAAGCCAACUCGGAGCUUGCCUCUGAGUUUGGUCGUUUCAAAGUGGAACUUAAAAUCCCUGAACUUGAUGAACUUCGAGACACCUCUAAGAAGCAAGACCAACGCAUAUUCACGAUGGAAUCAAAAAUCCCUGAACUUGAUGAACUUCGGCACACCUCAAAAAAGCAAGACCAACGCAUAACCACGAUAGAAUCAAAGCGAGAAAGGGGAGAGAAUGCGGCAGGUCCAGGACACCAUGAAUUACUCAAAGUGCACUCCCAACAGUCGGAGGCCCAAAUGAGGUGGGUCGAGGCACAGGGCCGUCGAAUCACGGAGUUGAAAUCUGAGCAGGAUUCAAACAAAAAUUGGAUGAAAAAACAGAUCGAAAUGCAAGAGACUCACGUUAGCCAGUUGAAGACUGACGUUAGCCAGUUGAAAACACAACAGGAGAAAGAUCAAGCAUGGGCGAAACAGACGGUCGAAAUGCAAGGGACUCGCGUUAGCCAGUUAGAAAAAAAACAGGAGAAAGAUCAAUCAUGGGCGAAACGGAAGAUCGACAUGCAAGAGACUCACGUUAGCCAGUUGAAGACUGACGUUAGCCAGUUGGAAACGCGACAGGGGAAUGAUCAAUCAUGGGCGAAAGAGGAGCUCAAAAUCCAAGAGGCUCGCGUUAGCCAGUUGGAAAAACAACAGGAGAAAGAUCAAGCAUGGGCGAAACAGACGGUCGAAAUGCAAGAGACUCGCGUUAGCCAGUUGGAAACGCAACAGGAGACUGUUCCACAGGAGUUCAAAAUGCAAGAGACUCUCUUCGACGAGUUGAGAGCGCAACAGAAGAAUGGCCAAUCAUGGGCGAAACAGAAGUUCGAAAUGCAAGAGUCUCUCAUUAACGGGUUGAGAGCACGACAAGAAACGGCUGGAUCACAGAUCAAAGAUAACCAGCAGCAGCUGACCAGGCUCGAGGCAGAGGUUGGGUCCCAUGCUCAGCAAUUAGCGACGCAGGCGCUCAUGCCAAAAAGGGACCCUACCGUGGAUUCAUCAGUCAACGAGGACCUACGAAACAAAUACAAAGUCAUGCAGGAUCUUUAUAAAGACACUGCAGGGGAUCUCCGAAACUUGGAAAAGAAGAUUGAUGAGCUCGGCAGCAAUUUUGAGCAACUGAAGCGUGAUCCUCGACCCAAGUCGCUGACUCCAGCGGCGUCAAAUGAUGGAAACAAUUCUCGGGGCUUCUCUCCUCGUAUGAAUGGCGACAACUACAGCCACAACCCGGACCUGAACGCAACUGUUAUCGGUAUCUUAGAACCCAAGAUGAAGGAAUAUGACAGGAAGUCCAAGGUCAAAUUUUCAGAUAUCGCUACAAAGCUUGGUGCCUUUAUUGAUCAACAACGCCAGCGAAUGGAAGAGAACGAUAAGAAGUACAAUUCCACAUUCGAUGAGCAUCGGAGAUCCAUUGACGAAUUGGUUAUCGAACUUUUGCCACUAAAGGACAAGUCAUUGGUCAACGAACUUGAGACUCUCCGGCAGGGCGUCGAUUCUCAUCAGAAAAAGAUCGAUGAGCAUAGGAAAGAGAUCAAUGAGCAUCGGAAAGAGAUUGAUGCACAGAACUCCGGUCUCAACUUGACGCAGCAUCAAUUUCGCACCAAGUCCUCUGAAGACGGGGGCCGUCUUGAUGACUUCGAGAUGCAGAUCUCCGACCUCAAGAUGUGGCAGGACAACUUCCGAUCAACGGAAAUGGUCAGAACCAUAACGAAUCAUAUUAGCAACACGAUGCCUAAUAGUUCCCAUGCACAUAUUAAGUCCUUGUUCGAUCGGUUGGGUAGAGUGGAGAAGAUGGUAAUGGCUUCCAGUGACGGUGAUUCGUACAAGAAGCGUAAGGUGUCCAGCGGCGCAGCCCUGGUGGUCAAUGGCACCCAAGAGCAGGCCGCCCAUGGCUAA